AUGGCUUUCGCAGUUUUGAGUGCCUCCUCUAUUUCAAGUCAGUUAUCUGCUAUUGAAAUUUUGACUGGAAAUAAUUAUGUGAGAUGGAAAAGAGACGUAGAAAUCGCACUUGAUUUUUUGGGUUUGGAUUUUGCCUUGCAAGAGCAGCCUUCAAAACCUACUGAUAAGAGCACUGCUAAAAAUGUGGUUGAGUAUCGAAAGUGGGAAAGAGCUAACAGGCUUUGUUUAAAAAGCAUCAAACAUUCUAUAUCUGAUUCCAUUAUGGGAGCUAUUCCGGACAAUGACAAUGCUAAAAACUUUUUGGGUGCCAUAGGAUAA